GUAAAUGGUCGUCUUCCAAUGCUCCAGCUAGAGGAAGAGGAUCUGGAGAAGAAUCCACAGUUUAGUAAACUUUUGCUGGAACUAUGUCAGAUUUUGGAGCCAAGUGGUGGAAGCACCACCUUAAGUUGUGAAUUGGAAGAGGUGCAAAGAGAGCUACGACUGCAAAGGAAGGUGUGGUUGAGAUCAGAGGUCAUAUACAGGCUGAUACAGGAGAUGCUACUGGAUUUACAGGUCAGGAAACAGGAAGGCAAGACAACUGACGACGAGAACAAGUUUCUGGAUGGACUGCAGCAGUGUUUAUUGGUCACACAGUGUUCAGACCUCCUGCCUUCCAAUAAUGAUGCAGGAUCUACAUCUCUUCUUGGGUUGGAGAAACAAGAUAUGCUUGCCCUUCUUCCUUCAAACAUGGAUAUUCUCUGGAUAAGAGAGAGACUACAUAAGCAGCUGGAGGAGGCUUUGCGAAAGAAAUGUUUCACUUUCUUGUCAUUCCAUCAGCCUGAGACAGAUGAGGAGAGUGAAGUCCUUCGGGCUGCAAAAGCGUUGCGUUUGGCCAGUACAUUGGAAGAUGAGAAGAGAAGGUUGCAGACUGAGGAGGAGAAGCACCAAGAAAUAGGAGCAUUACUGGAAAGGCAGCAGGAAAUGUACCCUCAUGUGCUCUUACGCUGCCUUUCCCUCCUCAGACAAGCUGCCUCUGAUCUUCGUCUUCAAGCACAAUCAGAAAUUGAUUGCAUGAAUGCGGAAUACUUGGAAGCCAAGAGUAAUGCGCUAUUCUUAAAGCUCCGAAUGGAAGAACUGCAAGUCCUCACUGACACUUACACCCUUGAGAAAGUUGAUGUUCAUAAGUACAUCCGGUCUAGUUUAGAGGCUGCAGUGAAGACAGAAAAGAACGAACUAGCUGCAUCUAAGCAGAUUCUUUCUUCAUAUGAGUUCCUUGGCACAAAAUUUGAAGAGCUAGUUCAAGAAUAUACUCGCCUUAGGGAUAAAAUUAAAGAUAAUCGCUGGGCAAUUCAAGAGCUGAGCAAGACGUUACCCUGA